UUUGGGGAUGAUCUCAAUACACAGUUAAAAGAAAUCGACACUGCCAGACGCAUGGGCAAACAAGCGGCCAAAAAACCUUUCUUCAGGCGAGAGAUAUCUCAGGACAAAAUACACCCACACCCCUACCAAAACAAACACGGAUAUCAGUCUCAACAUGGCGGACAUUCGUAUCAACAUGGGGGCCAUCCAUAUCAACGACCCCCGAGUUCGUCAUGGCAACAGGGUAAUUCAUCAUCCAACGACUGGAACAAACAGUUUCGACCAAUACAAAACCACAACCAGGUCCCUUUUUUGGACAAAGGCCAUCAACAAAGGAAAAAGAAGUUUUAGGGACUGAGUUUGUUGGGGAAAGUCAUCCAGAAAAUCCAGUUAGACGAAGCUUCAGUGAUACUUGUGGCACCCAUUUGGACAACUCAACCAUGGUUCUCUCCACUCCUAAAAAUGGUAUCAGCACAAAGCUUCAUUCUACCUCCAACAAGUCAAAAUCUAACUAUGCCAACAAACCCGGAAAAGAAGCACCCGCUCAAAACAAUGAGUUUGGGGGCUUUCAAGUUAUCAGGGAAACCCUCAGUGGCCGCGGCUUACCAGAGGACACAUCUGACAUCAUUCUCUCAGCCUGGAGACAGUCAACUCAAAAACAAUAUGGGAGUUAUAUCAACAGAUGGAUGUUGUUUUGUAACGAGAGGGCGUGUUCUCCAUUUACAGCAUCUGCCGAGCAUUUAGUACUGUUUUUAACCAUGCUAUUUCGAGAAGGACUGGGGUAUAGUGCUAUUAACACUGCUCGGUCAGCCGUUUCAUCUUUGUCAUCCCUAUACAAUAGUGAUGGGGGAAAUGUGGGAAGCCAUCCAUUGGUGACUAAAUUCGUAAAGGGAGUCUUUACUAAAAGACCGUCACUCCCUCGUUACCAAGAAACUUGGAAUGUUUCUGAUGUCUUGGACUAUGUCUCUUCUUUAUCUCCUUCCAAGACACUUUCACUUAAGCAUCUGACUUGGAAACUGACUAUGUUGCUUGCAUUAGUGACAGGGCAAAGAGGACAGACUAUCCAUCUGAUCAAACUUAGUGACUUCAGUUUUACAGACACUGGUGUUACCAUUAGUUUUAGUGAACUGUUAAAAACAUCUAAGCCGGGGAAUCACCAAAAACCUGUACAUAUUAGUAGUUUUAAAGAUAACAUUCAACUAUGUGUGGUGGAUGUGCUACGUGUUUAUAUUGCAUUUACUGAAAAACUUAGAUGUAAUGAAUCAAAACUUUUGAUUGGUACUGUGGCUCCUCAUAAAGGCAUUUGUAGAGCUACUAUUAGCAGGUGGAUUAAGUGUGUGAUGGUGAAUGCAGGAAUUGACACUGACAUUUUUAAGCCACACAGUACUCGGGCAGCCAUUACCAGUGCAGCUCUCCAUAAGACAGUUCCACUUGGUCAGAUUCUUGCUACAGCAGGCUGGAAAACUGACUGUACGUUCAAAAAGUUUUACUACAAAAAUAUUGUGCAAUCAAGUACUAGUUCUACCAGUAAUAAGACCGCAGUAGCUUUGCCGAUUAUGUAA